AUGGGACCCUUCCUUCCGUCAGCCACCACUGUCAAAGUUGGGGAAGUCUCCCUCAAACGUAUCACCCGCCUCCUCCUUGGCCUCCUUGGCCAAGUCAAGCGCCUCAAACAGGAAGUCGCAGAAGUCAAGGAAGCGGGAAUCAAGACCCGCACCAACCUUGAGAACAUCUCUCAGGCCGUUGAUGUUGUCAAGGACGGACUCAAAAGCCUCCAGCUGCACGGGCCACGGACCCCAGAAGAUACCAAGCCCCCGGUCGUGGAAGCAACGCCACGCCCCCUAUCAAAAGUCAACCCUAUUGGAUUGACUAGUUGGGUCUCUUUCUGGCCCAAGCAACCCAAGGGGAUCCCCAUCUUUGCCCAGCCCACACCAACUCAAGCAGCGCCCCCGCGAGUCCCUUCUCCCCCUCCAUCUCCGCGUCUCCAAUCCCCAAUCAGAGCCCCUGCCCCUCUCCCUCCAGCUCCAGUUGCCGCCUACCCCGCUCCAGUCAAGGUUGACCAUCCCGACGCCUACACAGGCAAAACAGGGAGCAAGGCCAAGCAAUGGUUAACUUGCAUGCUGGCCUGGACCCGCCUUAAUUUGCGGAUGUUCCCAACCAACCAGGAGGUUUUGUCAUUCCUCCUGAUGAACAUGAAGGACUCCGCUGGGGCCUGGGCCCACCCCCACCUUGACCAGCUUGGUUCACACCGGGCUAUUAUUCAAACGGUUGAAGGGUUCAAAUUGGAAUUUUUGGCAGCAUUCAGCGACCCUGAUGCCACAAGGGCCGCCGAGCGGAAGAUCACCACACUCACCCAGUCCGGCACAUGCGCGUACUACAUUACUAAGUUCAGAACCCUGGCAAUGGAACUGGACUGGAACAAUGCCGCCCUCAGAGGCCAGUUUGCCUGCGGCCUCCAUUGGGAGGUCAGCCGCCAAAUUGCUACCCGCAAACAUAGACCCCGCACCCUCCUUGAGCUGCAAAAUGCAGCACUUGUCAUUGACAACGCUCUCCGCAAAGAGCGUGCUAGCCAUCCGCCGAAGGAUAAUAAGUCUAGCAGACCAUCAAACCCCGUAAGGGGGACAAGUACUGGCCAAGUCACCUCCGGUUCAAAAAAACUCUCCAACAAUCCCAACUUUGUGUUGGAGGAGGAACAAAAUUGCCGCCGCGCCGCUGGCGCCUGCAUCAAAUGCGGCAAGAUGGGCCACAAGUUUGCAGAAUGCCGCACGGGCUGGAAAGCUACCCCUGUUGAGGACAAGGGGAAAGCUAAGGAAACUGCCAAAAUCGGCAAAGAGUCUGGACCCAAAUCAGGAAAAGACUAA